AUGCCCAACAAACAAGCUUAUCAAAAGCACAUUCACAAAGUAUUCGAAAUCAACAGUAACAACAACAGUAACAACCACAAAAUGUCAGCGCCAGGACCCGACUUUGCCCGACAACAAGAAUUGGCCGGCAAAAAGCAUGCAGACCUAAAAGAUGAUGAAAAGAUGUAUUUGAUGCGACGCGAGAUUGAUCACUUGCGGAGCGUCAUUCGAGACCAAAACGAUGGGUCCUUGCAGUCGGCCGCCAAACCAAGAGCAAGUACUAGUACUAGUACUAGUAGCAUUGAAAGCAGUACCAGUAGUAGUACUACUACUUCUACUGCGAGCAAUGCCAUGGACCGAGCCACCGUCCUGACGCUCUUUCUAUUUGUGGGAUUGGUAGUCGUUGCCAUUUGGAAGCGACGAACGCAUCGACGACGAAGCGUCCAACAUCGAACGAAUGCAAGGUUACAGGAAGAAGUCAUGACCUUUGAAUUGCAAAAUUCAUUGGCGGGGGGAUACCGCUACGAGGCACCUACUACCACUUCUGUUACGAAUACUACUGUGGCACAAGGUAAUGCAGACACGAUUCGAAUCUAG